UCAUUACUAAUCUUCAAUUCCGGGCUCUAAUUAUCCGUCAGAAUCAGUUCAGGACACCAUCGUCACUGCCUCGACCUAACUGCUUUAUGCUUCCAAUUCUGAUACAACAUGGAUAAAAUUAUCUUUUCGAUUUUAGGGAUUAUAUCUCUGUUACCCGCAGUUUUCUCCGCCUAUAAAACAAGUUACACAUGUGACGGUGACCUGAAACUAAAAUGUCCACAGGGCGAGAUCAUCCUGGUUUCGAUCAAUACCGCGGACCGGUACGAAUUGACCGACUGCCCCGGGCCCAGGGGCGGGUUUCGAGACCCCAGCCCAAAACUUAAGGCAAAUAUCUGGGGCAAAUGCAGCGGGAUGACACAAUGUACUGUUCAGACGGAGUUGAAGAUGGAGGAGUAUAAAUAUAUUGAUGUAAUCUAUUAUUGUGGUACCAGCCACAACAUGUGCAGCAAAAACACAAUCAUUGUCGCCAACUCCUCCUACCUUCGAAGUCCAAAAGAUUUUGUCUUCGACACCCGGGAAAAGUGUGAAUGCGACGCAGAGCUAGAUGAACCAGUGGAACUAUCCGUUCGGGAGGUGCACAAAACAUUCAACGUGACCAUGCCGAAGGUGACCAUAAAUUGGCUGAAUAAGACCGAAAAUAUUAAGAAACUUCUACAGAAGAACACGGUGAAGAAUUUUAAGAUUGUUUUUACUUCCAACCACCAAGCAGGUAGAGGGGAAUUUCUGUUGCAGUAUAAAGCGGACAGACAAAUAAGACUGGUCUGCAACCAAGAAGUGACCCACGAAAUAGACUUGGGUACCAUCCUGAUUGCUCCGAUAGCAAUGAUAGCACUACUCAUUGUAAUAGCCAUCCUAUUUUUCAUCAUCAAAGGAAUUAAGAGAUCUCGCAAGCAGAGGCUCCAGGUGGCAGAAGCUCACAAGAAGAGCACAGUCACAGACCUGGAGGCCGAUUCAAGACCUGACCUGCUCAAUUACGGCUCAACAGUUCUCGAUGCAAAGAGUGAUAUUCCUCUCAAACAGAGCGAGGAGGAGGGAGUUCCUAACUGAUGAGGGCAUCCACGACUGUUUCAGAUGGCAACACCUUCAAGCCUCAAUA